AAGUAGCCCGAUGGAGCGAGCUCCGGGCGUGGAGGAGGAGAAGACGAAAACGUUAUACACGCAGUCCCGACUGCUGUGAGACUUUUUAUUGGGGUGGUGGCAAGUUCGACCUGUUAAGAAGCACUUGGAAGAGCUGCGAAGCGUCAGAGUCGCUGUCGAAGGGGACCUCACAUUACACGGCCAAACUCCAACACGAAAUCAUCGUAAACGCGAGCUCUUUUUCGUUUUAAAGCUCCAGAUCACACACUAAACCCCCGCAACCAUGUCGGACGAGGAACAAUAUACUAGCAGCGAAGAGGAAGUUGAAGAGGUCGAGGAGGAAGAGGAAGAAUCCGAAGUUGAAGAAGAAAAAGAGGCUGCAGUCGAAGAGGAAGUGAAGCAUAAGAAGAUCAUCGAGACUAGAGCGUCCCAGAAAGAAAACGAUGAUGGAGCUGAAUUUGUGCGGAUUCAGGAACAGAAGAGGGUGGACCUCGAUGAACAACUUAAGGACUACAUUUCCGAUUGGCGCAAACACAAACUUAAGGAAGAAGAAGAGCUCAAGAUCUUGAAGGAAAGACAAGCCAAGCGCAAAGUAACCCGCGCCGAGGAAGAAAAACGUCUUGCUCAAAAAAAGAAGGAAGAAGAAGAACGUCGCCUUCGCGAAAUCGAGGAGAAAAAACAGCGUGACAUCGAAGAAAAGAGACGACGUCUCGAAGAAUCUGAGAAAAAACGUCAAGCUAUGUUGCAAGCUUUGAAAGAUCAAACAAGCAAAAAAGGACCCAACUUCGUUAUCCAAAAGAAAAACCUCGAUGGCAAUUUGAGCUUGUCGCAGUUGGAACGCAACAAGACUAAAGAGCAACUUGAAGAGGAGAAGAGAAUAUCCUUAAGCAUCCGCAUCAAGCCCUUACCCGAACUCGAGUAUUUGGGUAUGGAAAAAUUGCGUUUAAAGGCUCAAGAACUAUGGGAUCAGAUUGUCAAGCUUGAAACUGAAAAGUACGACCUCGAAGAACGUGAAAAACGUCAAGACUACGACCUUAAAGAACUCAAGGAGAGGCAAAAGCAACAGUUGAGGCACAAGGCAUUGAAGAAAGGUUUGGACCCUGAAGCUUUAACUGGUAAACAUCCACCUAAGAUACAAUUGGCUUCCAAGUACGAACGCCGUGUUGAUAUUAGGUCUUAUGACGACAAAAAGAAACUUUUCGAUGGUGGUCUUACUGAAGCACUAGAACAAGCCAAGGAGAAAGCUUGGUCAUCGCAAACAGACCAAUUUUUACAACGUCAAAAGUCAAAUCUUCCUAAAUGGUUUGGCGAGAGGCCAGGUAAAAAGAAGGAUGAUCCAGAAUCUCCUGAAAAUGAAGAAGAUGCCAAAGCUGAUGAAUUAGAGGAGCCAAAGUAUGAUAGCGAAGAAGAAAAAGAGGAGAGCGAGGAAGAAGAAGUUAGCGAAAAGGAGGAAUCAGAGGAAGAAGAAGAAGAAGAAGAGGAAGAAGAGGAGGAGGAGGAAGAAGAGGAAGAGGAGGAGGAAGAGGAAGAAGAAGAGGAGGAGGAAGAAGAGUAAUACUGUUGAUCACUGCCAAUACCAAAGAUUUAUACUAAAUUUAACAUCUAUAUAUCAGCAGCUAUCAUCGUCUUCCUUGAAAUACGUAAUGUUAAAAAAUGUAAAUCGAAAAAUGUUACAAAACUAUUUGAUGAACUAUUAUACGUUUUAUUUGUUAAAAAUUUUUUCUGAAAAAUUUAUUACACAAUAAAAAGGACGCUUUUAUCAGAA